AUGCUCCUCCUGCAGCCACCAGGCUGCUCCCGCGGACUCUCACUGGCCCGUCGCAGUCGCCGGUGCUGGUGCUUCAUCCCUUUUCCUCCUGCGAUUCCUGCACCUCAAGCCCCGUCCUGCUCGCGACAGUUCGCCAGCUCUGGCAAAAGGCAACGUGUCUUCCGUUCCUCUUCUUAUUUAUACUCGCAUUCCAUCUCCAUCCCCGUCUGCGUCUUGCCCUCCGCGUCCUUUCUCCCCAGACAACUUCCGUCCUAUGCUCCCCGUCACCAGUACCACCAACACCGCCAACACCACCACCCUGUCCACACCGGCACCCGCAUCCCUUCAACAAAUACAACAACAUCCCGACAUCCCCUCCCCCGACCCCAUCUCUCUGCUCUACCCCUUUUCACCCUCAUGACAACCCCCAAAGCCAGAUCCCACGGCCACCAGAGCCAUGGCCACUCCCACUCCCACUCCCAUUGUCAGCACCACGACACCACCUACCUCCUCUCCACAAACAAAUCCGACGCAGCAGUUCGCAUAACCCGCAUUGGCCUCCUCUCCAACCUCCUAAUGGCCCUCUCAAAGGGCAUAGGCGGCUAUUUCUUCAACUCCACCGCCCUCAUCGCGGACGCCUACCACUCCCUCACAGACCUGCUAUCCGACUUCAUGACCCUAGGCACUGUCUCGCUGUCGCUGAAGCCACCCAGCUCCCGCUUCCCACUGGGCUAUGGGAAGGUGGAGAGUCUGGGCGCGCUGGGCGUUAGUGGCCUGCUGCUCUGUGGCGGGUUCUUGAUGGGGUUGAAUGCGGUGGAGGUGCUGGCUACGCAGUUUUUUCCAGCGGGCGCGGAAUGGGCCGGGGAGUGGGGGUUGUUGGGGCAUGGGCAUUUGCAUUCGCAUGGGCAUGGUGACCAUGGAGGGCAUGGCCAUGGCCCUGGAGUGUUGGGCCCGAAUAUUAAUGCGGCGUGGCUGGCUGCUGGGUCCAUUCUGGUGAAGGAGUCGUUAUACCAAGCAACAAUGAAAAUCGCUCUUCAACGCAAAUCCUCCGUCCUCGCCUCAAACGCCAUCCACCACCGCGUAGACUCAUUAACAAGCUUCGUCGCCCUCCUCACCAUCGGAGGCGCCCACGUCCUCCCCGACGCCUCCUGGCUCGACCCUGUCGGCGGCCUCGUCAUCUCCCUCAUGAUCAUCAAGGCUGGCUGGGGCAAUACAAAGACCUCGCUUCUUGAGCUUGUGGAUGUCAGUGUUGAUGCGGAGAUGAGGGAGUCUGUGGAGAGUUGUGCGAGGAAGGCGGUUGAGGAGUUGGGGUUGGGAAGGAGAGGAGAGGGAGAGGGAGAAGAGGGAGAGGUGCAGAUUCGUGAUGUGCGCGGUAUCAAGUCUGGGCAGAAUUACGUGAUGGAGGUUGAUGUUGUGGUUCCUGGGGCGUGGAGUGUUAGUCGGACACGGGCUGUGGAGGACGCGAUUCGGGAGAGGCUUGGGAAGCGGGUUAGAGGUGUGAAGAGGGUUAAGGUGCGGUUUUUGGCCAAGGAAGAUGCGGAUGCGAAUGCGGUUGCGGACGAGUUUAUUACUCGUGAUGUUAGUCCGAGGAGCAGCCCGGAGCCGGAGUCGGAGUCGGAAGAGAAUGAGGAACAUACGGAUCGGAAUGGGGUGGUUGUUAGUUCGGGGGCAAAGGGGCGGGGUGAAGGGGUUGCGAAUAAACGACUCUAG